CGUUAAUAUAAUAUAAUUUUAAACUAUGUAUUAAUGCUUUCACUUUUUUUCAAACUUUGAAUAAUAUACAUACUGUGAUAAUUAUGCCAAACUCGUGUUUUGGGUGUUGUUCUCUUCGUCACGGCGUUAGUUGUAUUUACAUUUUUAACAUAUUUUUCAUCACAUUUGUAAUAAUGAGUGAUUUCUUACACCGUUUAUCAAAUUAUCAUCUACUAUACUUUGAGCAUACCAGUUUUGAAAAUACUACAUUACAAACAUUAAAUCCUAAUCUUUAUCCUGAUGAAGAUACGCUAUUACACUUCAACUCUACAGCCAAUGACUUUUAUCAGCCAAAAAAAAUUACACCGAUCCUGAGUGAAAUUUUUAUGGAUUACAUAUUUAUAGUAAAAUUGGGAUGGAAUGUGAUGGAAUUCUAUUUAAACAUUAGCCUAAAAGAAUCAACGUAUUCAGUGUCUCCAGAAAAGAUUUAUGCUUGGUUAGUGAUUUAUUAUUUUAACUUAGCCUCAGGAAUAAUUUGUCAAAUUUUCAUCAACUCUCAGUUAAACGACUAUGGUGAUAAUCUAGGAUUUUUUGUGGGUUUCGUAGAAAUAGCAUUUCUUGUGGUCGAAAUCUACUUUGUGCAAUUGUAUUACAAACAACAAAAGUUAACUGCAGUUAACGAUUUUUUCCAAUUAAAAUGGAAAUAUUUACCAAAGUCCAAGAAACCGUCGGAUCAAAAUAAAUCUGCAAUAAUAAUAAUAUCAGAUAAUUCACUUGAACAAACACAAGACCAAUCCGAUUACAUCCCAAUAUUUGUAAAAGAAUUGCGUCACGCAAAUUCUUAAGAUUGUGUAAUGAAAUUGGGCUACAUUUUGUUACAGUGAUAGUUUGCGGUGUAGAACAUAAUAAAACGUCUUCCAUGUUCUUUAUAAAUAGAAUAAUUUUUUAUAUUUAAUUAAAUCCGUGUAUAUGGUUUGAAUAAAUAUAAGUGUAUGUGCC